CAGGUGCGCACCCCCACCAGCACCUCGGCCCAGGACGAGAUCCACCCGCUGGAGAUCCUGCAGGCGCAGAUCCAGCUCCAGCGGCAGCAGUUCAGCAUCUCCGAGGACCAGCCGCUGGGCAUGAAGAGCAAAAAGGCCGAGUGCCCCAGCCAGGCCGGGGCGGGCGACUUGAACAGCUGUUGCUCGGAUCCCGCCAAAGGGGCCAUGAGCACGAUCGACCUGGACUCUCUGAUGGCAGAGCACAACUCCACCUGGUACCUGCCCAGCGAGAAGGCCUUGAUGGAGGGACAAGAGGAGGACAAACCUCUGGCACCGUGGGAGAAGUCAAAGCCUCCGAAUCCCAGCAAAGAAGCCCACGACCUUCCCCAGAACAAGACCUCAGCUGCGGCGCAGACUGGCAGCCAUUUGCAAUGCCUCUCAGUCCACUGCACGGAUGACAUGGGCGAGUCGAAGGGCCGGACUGCGGUGCCGACAUGGAGAUCCCUGCACUCAGACAUCUCCAACAGAUUUGGGACUUUUGUGGCUGCCCUGACUUGAACAAAAGGAAAUUAUUUUUUUCUCUUUUUAAUUUUAAAGGGCCGCUACUGCUAGGUGGACUAUUUUUCUAGGUUGGUACCUGCUUAGUGGCAUAUGGACUGGAAAGGGUUAAUUUAAAGUAAACCUCAAUUUUUUUAAUCUUCUGCCACAGUAUGUUACCAGUGUUAACCCUUCUGCAGUUAGCACACUUUUGCUUAAAAUUUUCCUGCUAGAUCAUUUCCCCCAUUAUUCUGUAAUCUUGGCAUACAUUUAUAGAUGAGGCCUUUUCCUUUUUCAUCUCAACGUAUGUCCAAGUAGUGUGUGUCAUAAUAAGACAGAUACUUCUCCUUUCGUUUUUUCUUUUCUUUUUUUUGCCUUUUUUCCCCCCGCUUUUUUCAGUGCUUAUUAAAAUGGAAAUCCUGAAGAAUAGCAGUUCAGGAAUAAAUGCCGGUUGAAGUGAAAUUGUCAUCAUAUUAUAUAUUGACACCGAGCUUUCGUCAGUCACAUACAAACCAAACAAUUAAUGCUCUAUCAAGUAUUCAGCCUGUGAUUUUUGUCUUUCCUGAGAUGAUUUAUUUUUUAUCAAGAAUACAUUCAGCCUUCAUCUCUUGCUGUUAAGUGGAAACAACUAUUCAGUUUAUUUGCUGACUUGAAGCCCAGAUAUAGAGUGUUAUUCUGAACAAUAGGGCCUGUAGCGGUGAAGCCUGGUUGACCAAACACGUUUAAAAAAUGUGAAACUGUCAGUUAAAGCAUUUUAAUCCCUUCUCCACCAAGGACCAAGGUUUGAGUGGAAUUCCUCACACCCUUCUCUCUUACUGGGGACGCACGGGGAGUGCAGAUCACCUCCAGGACACAGUGUGUAUCUAAAGUCCCCACAUCUUUAAUUUUGCUCCCAGAAGAAGGGAAGUUUAAAUACCACGUUAUCGCUAUAACUGUUGAAGCAGGGGCUUCUUUUAAGGAAAAUCACAUACCAGACCCCCUUUGUACUGUGCUCUUCCUGUGAAACAACUUCCUGGUUACAUGAAUGUAAAAAAGCUCUGAUUCCUUGACAUGAGGAACUCCCCUGUGCUAGGCUAAAUUUAAAUCAGCCAUCCAGCUAUUACUUAGGCCAUUUCUACACUACCACUUACGUCAGCAAAACUUAUGUCGCUCAGAGAUGUGAAAAAAAACA